AUGGACAACUUCGACUCGGACACGAGCUCGCACCUUGCAAUGUGGUCGGACGGAGGAAAUUCCGAUUCGACUCCGGAGAUCCGAGCGGUGAUGCAUGGAUGGCUGGACGCGUCCACAAAUGACUCGUACUUGCUGUAUGCUGUCCAUACGAUGACGGUUGACUCGGAACCAGCGUAUGGAACGUGCAACAAAGGCGGCUAUGGCUCUCUCGUCGUGCCGUGCUACCCGCUGAGUAACACCUCGACCGACAUCGUGGCCGUCAUGUCGGUGCCCGUUGCUACGCCGUGGGUAACAACAUGGAUCAAGCAGUAUCAACCUACUUCGGAUACUACAGUGAACAGCGAGUCCGACAGCGACGGCAGCGGGUUUAACCUGUGGCUGCUUGGCCCGAUCCUGCUUUCAGCUCUGAUCGCGUCCAUAUUGAUCGCCUUCGCUGUCUUCAGGAAGCGGCGACGACUGCGAUCUGUCUACUUUCAGCGUACGUCUCCUGCAGAGAGUGACCUCGGCUCCAGUAGAGAGUCCAAGCCCUCAGGUCCUCUAGCUGCGCCUCGCCAACGAGAAAACAGAACAAGUCUCCGUCGUACAGAGCAGGAAACAAUCGGCGAGUUUAAUCGCACUCUUCGCCUACCCGGUGAGGACGACAGUCCAGUCGAAGAACCGUCGCCUAUAAUUGAGGAAAUCCUGCCACGUCCGCGUCGAAACACUGCGCCGGCCUCAAAAACUGCAUCAAAAUCUACGCGUGGUGUCCAAACCAUCGCACCUACAAGUAAGAGAGGCACAGUGCCGGCAUCUCACAGCUUUACACCUCCACGGGCACGGACACAGUCGACACCUCAGACAGCAUCCCCCGAUCGAACUCAGUCAGGUCGGCCAGCAACGCGUCGGUCCUCAGCUCGAAGAUCUCCAACAGCUGACGAGCGUCAACCUUCUAUUCGGACGUCUCCUGUCCGUCCCUCUUCGGCUCAAGCGUCGAUAAAUCCUGCACGCCGUCAGUCAUCAACUGCAACUUCUACACGUUUAUCAUCCGCUCGGAGUUCACGUCGAUCAUCGGCGUUCUCUCCGUCAAAUCGAAGUCAAUCGGACGCGUGGAGUGAUAACUCAUCGACGCGAACCCAUUCGGCUGCACCAAGAGACCACUUGCCGACACUUCGGGAGUCGGCGUCGAUGUCUCCGAUAAUGGAGUUCAUGCCGUCGAUCCGAGACUCGAUCCAAGCGGAUCGGGAGUCUAUCCCUGCUCUACGUGAGACGUUUUUUCGCCACUCUGCUACAGACAACGUGCAGUACACUCUAACCACCGACUCAAAUCUCAUUGGGAAGCGCAUCGCCUGGGAGCGUAUCCAACUCGGUCGACUGCUGUCUCGUGGAGCUUACGGGGAAGUGUGGGCGUGUCGCUAUGCUGGCAAGAAAGUGGCCGUCAAGCGACUGCUCCAGACGAGAACGCACACGUUUCUGGAGACGGAGAAGUUCACAAACGAGAUUCAACUUACGGCGAGUCUGAACCAUCCGAAUAUCGUUCGAUUCAUUGGCGUAACGUGGAGUAGUUUGGAGAAUCUGGCCAUGGUGGAAGAAUAUCUUCCUCGAGGAGAUCUACAGAACUAUCUGAAGCGGAAUGGCGACUUGAUGACGUGGGCACGAGACAAGAUCGACAUGGCUAUUGGAAUCGCACGAGCGAUCGAUUAUCUGCACACUCGACAAGUUAUCCACCGCGAUCUCAAGGCUCGAAACAUCUUGUUGACCAAGAGACUGCAGCCGAAACUGAUCGACUUUGGCACGAGUCGCCUUUGGGAGCCUAACGACAUGUCGGCCGGGGUAGGAACCCCCUUCUGGACUGCACCAGAAGUGCUCGAGAGCAGCGAGUACACGGAGAAGGCGGAUAUUUAUUCCUUCGGAGUGCUCUUGACUGAGCUGGACACUUGUGAAGCCCCGUACCACGACACUUUGGGGGCGAAUGGGGAGAAAAAGAAGCCGUUCCACGUCCUCAAAGACGUCGUGGAUGGCACAUUGAGACCGAGUCUCUCGACUGGAUGUCCUCAGCGAAUCUGCAGAGCAGCAGACGCGUGUUUCCAGCACGAUCCGACGCUGAGACCGUCAGCGUCGGAGCUCGUGAGGAUGCUGGAAGGCUGA